AUGGCUCCUCUCAAGGUCGGCGACAAGUUCCCCGAGGGUGUCAAGUUCACCUGGGCUCCCAUCCUCGAGGAGGACCCCACUGUGUGCGGUCGUCCCCAGGAAUUCGAUGCCAACAAGGAGUUCGCCGGCAAGAAGGUCGUCCUUGUCAGCGUUCCCGGCGCCUUCACUCCCGGUUGCCAGGCCUUCCACGUCCCUCCUUACAUUCAGAAGCUCGAUGAGCUGAAGGCUAAGGGUGUUGACGCUGUUGCUAUCAUUGCUUUCAACGACGCUUUCGUCAUGAACGCAUGGGGCAAGGUUAACAAGGCUAAGGAGCCCAUCUACUUCCUCAGCGACGACAAGACCAAGUUCUCUCAGAACUACGCUUGGCAGGCCGGUGUUGGUGACCGCAAUGGCCGCUGGGCCAUGGUCAUCGAGAAGGAUGGCACCAUCUCGUACUCUGAGAAUGAGCCCAACCCCAGCCAGGUCACGGUUUCGGGUGCCGACGCUAUCCUUGCGAAGUUGUAG